AGUUGUAAUAUGCAAACGCGACACAGUCAAUCGUAUCUCAGCGUAGUGCACACGUAUCAAACCUGUUUUUACUUUCGUGUUGUGUAACGAAUAAAAUACGAAAUUUUGUUUACAGCUAGCUAUCAAUUAUGUUGCUGAUAAUAUGGGCGGUGGUGCUGGUGGCAGCAGCGGCGUUGUACUUCAGACGCACAUACACGCUAUUCACCAGGCAUGGAGUCAAGCAGAACUCCCCCGUGCCGCUGCUGGGGGACAUGGCCAAGGUCCUCUUCAGACAAGAGCAUUUCGCUGAACAAGUCAUGAGGAUGUAUAACGCGUACCCUGGUGAAAGGUUUGUCGGGCGAUACGAGUUUAUCAAGCCAACGCUGGUUGUGCGUGACAUCGAGCUGCUGAAGAAGAUCACUGUGAAGGACUUCGAGCACUUCCUGGACCACAACACGUUGAUAGACGAGCAUUCGGAUCCUCUGUUUGGCAGAAACCUCUUUUCUUUGAAAGGUCAAGAAUGGAAGGAUAUGCGCUCCACUUUGAGCCCUGCAUUCACCAGUUCCAAGAUGAAACUCAUGGUACCGUUCAUGGUUGAAGUGGGCGAGCAGAUGAUACAAGCUUUGAAGAAAAAGAUCAAAGAUUCCGGUGAUGGCUACGUAGACAUUGACUGUAAAGACCUGACGACGCGCUACGCCAAUGACGUGAUCGCUUCCUGUGCCUUCGGACUGAAGGUGGACUCCAUAACAGAGGAGAAUAAUCAAUUCUACGCGAUGGGCAAAACAGCUGCCACGUUCAACUUCAAGCAGAUACUCGUGUUCUUUGCAUUUUCAACGUUUCCUAAGUUAAUGCAGAUCCUGAAGGUAACGAUCUUUAGUGAUGAAACUAAACACUUCUUUAGCCACCUGGUGACAAGUACAAUGAAGGACAGAGAGGCCAGGCACAUCAUCAGGCCUGAUAUGAUCAACAUCCUCAUGGAGGCAAAGAAAGGAAAAAUAUCUCACGAAGAAAAGCCUACCAAAGAUAUUGACGCUGGAUUUGCUACUGUUGAAGAAUCUGCUGUGGGCAUGAAAGAAGUUAAUAGAGAAUGGUCUGACGAUGACCUCAUCGCGCAAGCUAUUCUAUUCUUCAUCGCUGGUUUCGAGACCGUGUCAUCAGCGAUGUCGUUCCUCCUCCACGAGAUCGCAGUGAACCCUGACGUCCAAGAGCGGCUGUACCAAGAGAUCAUGGAAAACGAGGCUAAUAACGGAGGGAAGUUCGACUACAACUCCAUACAGCAAAUGAAGUAUAUGGAUAUGGUAGUUUCAGAGGCUCUAAGGCUCUGGCCGCCAGCAAUUGCCUUAGACAGGGUCUGUAUCAAGGAUUACAACAUGGGCAAGCCCAACGACAAAGCUGAAAAGGAUUUCAUUCUUCGCAAGGGUCAGAGUGUAGGUAUUCCUGUAUGGGGACUCCACAGAGACCCCCAAUACUUCCCGAACCCAGACAAGUUUGACCCCGAGCGAUUCUCCGACGAGAACAAACACAACAUCAAACCGUUUACAUACUUACCCUUUGGUUUGGGACCCAGGAAUUGUAUUGGAUCAAGAUUCGCUCUCUGUGAAGUGAAGGUGAUGACGUACCAGCUCCUACAGUACAUGGAAAUAGCCCCGUGCGAGAAGACCUGCAUACCAGCCGUGUUGGACAAGUCCACGUUCAACAUUAGAAUCCUUGGCGGACACUGGAUUCGACUGAAGGCCAGGUAGUGACAAAGACGAAAGUAUUCUGGAUUUUGACUAUUAUUUAAUCCCAUUAAUUUAUAAGGCAAGUUAUAUAAAGAGUAUCCCGUUCUGUGGUUUGGGGUGUUUGAGAAUUUAACCACGGCAUCUCCUGCCUGUCGUAAAAGGCGACUAAUGGGGGCUAACAGGGGGUCACGGGUGAUCAGCCGAGGGCUGUCCACCGUUAGUAACGCUGUGAGUCUUUAAGCACAUCGGGGCAACCCUCGGUAUGGACGGCAGCGUGAAUGGUAGGCCUCAUGCUGUCUUUUAAGCAGAGGGCAUUCUUUAGUGUAAAGGGGCUUUUGAGGCACUUUCUGCGCAAGACCAAACAAAGGUUACCUAUAUAAAGAGUAUGAAUGUGCUUAAACACAUGGUAUGCAAGAUGAAGUUUAAAUUAUAAAUUAGCACAUACAAUUCCGUAAUCUCUGUGUACCCCAAUAGAAUACAGGUGUGAUGUUAAAUGUAUAAAAUAGUUUAAAAAGUCCAGAUUCGACUUAUUAGUUGGGUAAAUUUCCUUACGUAAUUUUUUAUUAUAUUUUGCACCCACGUCCUUGUAUCCACCCACCACCUGACGUUAACUAUUCGACGUUAGCAUUUGCUGCCGCAACUGUCAAUCAGUUGACAGUUACUUUAACCGAAUUGAUUUGUAUAGCAUUUAGUUGAAGCACCUGUCACUGUAUCAGUGUUAUAGCAAUUAUAUCGAAA